GGCCUGGGGGCUGGCGGUGGUCGGCUGGCCCACUUCGCUCGGGAGCGCGCGCACCAAGCUAGCCUCAGCGGCUCGGGGCGGAGUUACUUUCACAGGACCCCGGAUGUGGGCGGGCACGCGACCACGCCACGAUCCCCAGGCCGGCGGUGAUGCGGUCUCCGCAGCCAAUCGCGUGCGCCCGGCCCUCGCGUCACGGCGAGGCCGACCAACAGCGUGGGCCCAGCUGCCGCUUCCUGGCCGCUCUCUGGACACGGGGGCAGGGCUGGCCCGCGCCCCUGCCCGCGGAGGAGCAGUCGCCGCUACCCCGCCCGCCGGUGCCCGCGGGCCACAGCCGCCAUGCCCAACUCGGUACUGUGGGCCGUCGACCUCUUCGGGCGGGUGUACACGCUGUCCACGGCAGGGCAGUACUGGGAACUCUGCAAGGACCCCCAGCUGGAGUUCAAGCGGGUCAGCGCGGCCACGCAGUGCUGCUGGGGCAUCGCCUGCGACAACCAGAUCUACGUCGUUGGAACCCUGUGGGUGGCUUCUGCGAGAAGCUCCUACCCAGUGACCGCUGGCCGUGGAGCGACGUGACUGGGCUCCAGCACCGGCCGCUGGACAGGGUGGCGCUGCCCUCACUGCACUGGGAGUGGGAGUCGGACUGGUACGUGGAUGAGAAUUUUGGAGGGGAGCCCACUGAGAAAGGGGGGUGGACAUAUGCCAUCGACUUCCCUGCCUCAUACACACGAGACAAGAAGUGGAAUUCUUGUGUGCGGCGCCGGAGAUGGAUCCGGUACAGGAGAUACAAGUCCCGGGACACCUGGGCCAAGAUCCCUUCAAAGGAUGACCCUAAGCAACUGCCCGACCCCUUCAGUGAUCUCUCUGUUGGGGGGUGGGAGAUCACAGAUGGGCCUGUGGGCCACCUGUCCGUGUGGGCCGUAUCCCUGCAGGGAGAGGUGUGGUACAGAGAGGAUGUCAACCAUCCGAACCCCGAAGGCUCAUCGUGGUCCCUUGUGGACACCCCGGGGGAGGCUGUCCAGAUCAGCUGUGGGCCCCACGACUUCCUGUGGGUGACGCUCUGGGAGGGGCAGGCCUUGGUCCGGGAAGGAAUCAACAGAAGCAACCCCAAAGGUGGGCAGCCCUACCCCUGUGCCCCAAGACGCGAGGGCGCCGGCUCCUCCCCAGCACCCCCUGAUGCGGCCGCCGGCGCUCUCUCCUGGGGCUCGGCAGGAAGCCGCUGGUCCGCCGUGGAGCCUCCCUCGUCUGAGAACGCGAUCCUGCACGUGUCCGUGGGGGUUGGUGUGGUCUGGGCCGUCACCAAGGACCGGAAAGUAUGGUUCCGGAGAGGCGUCAACUCUCACAAUCCUUGUGGCACUGGCUGGAUCGAGAUGGUUGGAGAGAUGAUGAUGGUGAGCGUGGGGCUGAAUGACCAGGUCUGGGGCAUUGGCUGUGAGGACCGGGCCGUGUACUUCCGUCAGGGCGUCACCCCGAGCGAGCUCAGUGGGAAGACAUGGAGGGCCAUCAUCGCCAGCCGGGAGUGUGACCGGUCACACUCCGGCAGCUCGUCGAGCCUCCUCAGUGCUGGCUGCUUCUUCGGUGAAGAGGUGAGGGGCAGUGGUGAGUCCAGUGUGCCCGGUGACAUGGAUGCCUCCUCGGAAGCUGAGAGACCAGGGCCUGGCCCGCCUGACCCUGCCAAGUCUUUGGACAGUCCCAGGAACUCCAAGGCUUGCUUAGCCUUGGGCCCAGACACCCCCAGGACUGCAGAAUGUGCCCUGGGGGUCGUCCACCCAGCCACCAAGACCCUCAGGCCUGAGCUUCACCCUGGCCUGGCCUCCACCCCAGCCGAGCUGCCCUGGACCAAUAUUGACCUGAAGGAGCCCAAGAAAGUGCCUGGCCCCUUGGCGGCUGGCUUUCCUGAGAGCACAGGCCUCUCCUCGCUGGCACUGCUCCCGCUGGGCUUGGAGGAGGCCUACAGUGUCGACGGCCACCCACCGUGGGCCUGGGUGUCAGGAGGAGGCUGUGCCGUGGAGGCCCACACUGCGCUCAAGUGGUUCACCGUCCAGUCGGGCCUGUCCCCCUCGCUGCAGACGCUCUCCUUGUCCAUCACGCCGGCCCAGACUGCCACUUGGAGGAAGCAGAUCUUCCAGCAGCUCACGGAGAGGACCAAGCGGGAGCUGGAGAACUUCCAACACUACGAGCAGGCCGUGGAGCAGUCUGUGUGGGUGAAGACAGGGACCCUGCAGUGGUGGUGCGACUGGAAGCCCCACAAGUGGGUGGAUGUCCACGUGGCCCUGGAGCAGUUCACGGGACAUGACGGGGUUCGGGACAGCAUCUUCUUCAUCUACUAUGUGGUCCAUGAGGAGAAGAAGUACAUCCACGUGUUCCUCAAUGAGGUGACGGUGCUGGUCCCCGUGCUCAAUGAGGCCAAGCACUCCUUUGCCCUCUACACCCCCGAGAGAACCCGGCAGAGGUGGCCUGUGCGUCUGGCUGCCACCACCGAGCAGGACAUGAACGACUGGCUCGCUCUGCUCAGCCUGUCCUGCUGUGAGAACCGGAGGGUGCAUGGCCGCCCCUCCCCACAGGCCAUCUGGUCCGUCACCUGCAAGGGGGACAUCUUCGUGAGUGAGCCCAGUCUGGACCUGGAGGCCCCUGAGCACCCGCUGCCCUGUGACCAGAUGUUCUGGCGGCAGAUGGGAGGCCACUUGCGGGUGGUGGAGGCCAACGGCCGGGGCGUGGUGUGGGGCAUCGGCUACGACCACACGGCCUGGGUGUACACUGGCGGCUACGGUGGAGGCUGCUUCCAAGGCCUAGCCAGCAGUGCUGGUAACAUCUACACACAGUCGGAUGUGAAGUGUGUCUACAUCUACGAGAACCAGCGCUGGAACCCCGUCACAGGCUACACCAGUAGGGGUCUGCCCACUGACCGGUACAUGUGGAGUGAUGCCACAGGGCUGCAGGAAUGCACAAAGGCUGGCAUGAAGCCGCCGUCCCUGCAGUGGACCUGGGUGUCUGACUGGUCUGUGGAUUUCAGCGUUCCUGGGGGCACUGACCAGGAGGGGUGGCAGUAUGCCAGUGAUUUCCCUGCCUCGUACCACGGAUACAAAACCAUGAAGGAUUUUGUCAGGAGAAGGUGCUGGGCCAGAAAAUGCAAGCUGAUGACCAGCGGGCCCUGGCUGGAGGUGGCCCCUGUCGCCCUUGGGGACGUGUCCAUCAUCCCUGAGAGCCUGGGCACUGACGCGAGUGGGCCCAGUAUUGCACUCUGGGCCAUCAGCGACAAGGGGGACGUGCUGUGCCGCCUGGGUGUGACCGAGCUCAACCCUGCAGGUUCCUCCUGGCUGCACGUGGGCACUGACCAACCCUUCGUGUCCAUCUCCAUCGGCGCCUGCUGCCAGGUGUGGGCCGUGGCACGCGAUGGCUCUGCCUUCUACCGUGGCUCUGUGUCCCCCGCCCGGCCGGCCGGUGACUGCUGGUACCACAUCCCGUCCCCUCCCAAACAGAGACUGACACAGGUGUCUGUGGGGCAGACGUCAGUGUAUGCCCUGGACGAAAACGGAAACCUGUGGUACCGCCAGGGGGUCACGCCCAGCUACCCACAGGGCUCCAGCUGGGAGCACGUGUCCAACAAUGUGCGCCGAGUGUCUGUGGGGCCCCUGGACCAGGUCUGGGUCAUUGCCAGCAAAGUCCAGGGGAGCCGCAGCCUGAGCCGGGGAACCGUGUGUCGUCGCACAGGCGUGCAGCCCCACGAGCCCAAGGGCCAGGGCUGGGACUACGGCAUUGGGGGGGGCUGGGAUCACAUCUCUGUCCGGGCCAAUGCCACCAGAGCCCCCAGGAGCAUGUCCCAGGAGACAGCCGUUGGGCCGAGUGGGAAGCAGGGCCUCCCUACCUGGCCCUCGAGAGUGGCUGGUGCCCUGCAAGAGGCCCGUGGCCCGGUCUCCUGCUGAAGCUGAGGCCUCCUCUCACCUGGAAGCAAGCGUGGUGUCCGGUUUGAAGGAGCAAGGUUGAUCCGUGAGCCUUCCUGUCGUUGUGUCAUGAGCCGUUCUGUGUGUGGGGCCUGGGAGUGCUGUGGGCCAGGCCAAGACUCAAGACUAGAGAGGGAAGCUGGCUUGAGGUCCCAGCCACCUCAGAGGUGGAGCAGCCCAGAAAUGUGCAGCUUUAUGGACAAUCCUGCAUAUGGGCCGUCUACCAGGAGGUCGUGGGGUGUGGGGUCCCUUCCCUCAGCCCUCCGCCUUCAAGGACGGGAGCCUGGGGCCUGCAGUCUUCCAGGAUGCUGCCCCCAGGGACACAGAGCCCAUGCGAGCCCCCUGAACCCUUAGCUUCACUACACAGCAUUGGAGUCCUGCCCCACAAAGAAAGGUAGCCUCAAGGAUCAAGGCCACUUUGCCCCAUGCUGUGAUAAUUUCUCAGAGCAGGACUCACAAAUAGGGUUUAAUCUCAAAGGCUAAGGGGCAGGUACAUGCAGGGGAGGGACAUUACCCUCCCCUGGGGGGCACGGCGCUCCUGCAGUGGGCAGACAGGCUGCCCAGUGGCUGGGGGAAGCUGGCCCGUUGCAGAGUCACCGGCCCUUCCUUCAACGGGCAUGGGGGGUGGGGGCGUCUCAUGUCUGACCAAGUUUUGGGGUUGUCGUGGGGCAUGCAGGCUGCAGCCCUGAAGCCGUCCACCCCUGGGAGCCAGAGCCCUGCCCACAGGGCCAGGGUGAAAGCACCCCCUGAGGGCAGCUGCUCAGCAGCUUUUUCUCCGGUUCUGGCCCCGUGUGGGGAAGUCCGAGGUCUGCAUCCCACAACCAUCACCCAGGAGGUCAUCAGGGCCCAUGUCCGUCUCUGCUCGUUCAGAGGUACAGCAGACGGACCCAGCUUCCCCACAUCCCUGCCAGGAGGGCCGGCUGUGUGCUGAAUCUGUUUCACUGUGUGGAGUUUAUUGCCCAGAGGCUGACAUCUCUUGGGGCAUCUCCUCUGGCGGGCAUUUGAGGGAGCCAGUGGUCUGUGCAUUUGUGUCUUCGGGCGGUGACCAGGACAGUGGCUGGGGUGAUGCUCUCCUGUCAGUUCACACCUUGUCCUCAAGGUUCUCUGAAGGGGCAGCCACCUGUCACUCUGCUGGGACUCACUGUCUGUAGCUGGCGUCACCUGGCCCUCCCUUUGCUGAGCACCAGCUGUUGACCUGCUCAGCGCCAUCAAACCAUCUCAUUCCUUGGCUGCUUUACUCAAUGAAAACCUACACCAGAGUGUAAA